AUGUGUGUUCCCCGUCCCCGUCCGUUUGGUUCCUUCCAGUUCUAUCCCCUCGCCCGGGGUCGCAACUGCACUGCGCUGCAACUGCGCUGCACUGCACCCUUUGACUGGACUUGCCGCGUUCGUCUCCCACGGUUUCUCCGCCUGCCGCCUGCCGCUUGCCGCUUCAACCACCUUCCUUCGCACCACACUGCAACAGUUUUCUUUCUCUUCCAAUCCUCACUCGCCGACGACUUGAUCCUCGACACGUUUGCCUCGAUUUACUCGCCCCGGCUUCGCGAUCGCCAGCACGUCGCCGCUGACACCCUCGCUCUCCGCGCAACCAUUCGGUGA